GUAUCUCCACUUUGUGUUUAGCUGUUUAACAAUGGCUGGAAUUUGGUGUUUGGUUCAGAUUUUGGUGGUUUGUGCUUUCUGUCAUGCUGUUCCACAGUGGAGAAAAUCGCUUGACCAGCAGUUUCCAGUUCAGAAGCCAGUUCAACAGCUAACUAGCCAGCAGUUUCCGCUUCAGAAGCCAGUUCAACAGCUAACUAGCCAGCAGUUUCCGCUUCAGAAGCCAGUUCAACAGCUAACUAGCCAGCAGUUUCCACUUCAGAAGCCAGUUCAACAGCUAACUAGCCAGCAGGUUCCACAUCAGAAGCCAGUUCAAUAGCUAACUAGCCAGCAGUUUCCGCUUCAGAAGCCAGUUCAACAGCUAACUAGCCAGCAGUUUCCGCUUCAGAAGCCAGUUCAACAGCUAACUAGCCAGCAGUUUCCGCUUCAGAAGCCAGUUCAACAGCUAACUAGCCAGCA